ACAAGCUAACUGUUAUAUUAGGUUAGCUGACGGCCUGUUUCUCACCCCUUUUUCUAGCUAAGCUAGCUAACCUAGCAUUUUCCUAGAUUCUACCUCUCUCUCUCUCCCUCUCUGUGUUUCCAGCUGUGUUAUUUAGCUACCUGACGUGGUGUGAGAUUUUCUUUGGGUAUUAAAAAAGACAAUUCAAUGUUAAAAAUGCUAAAAGAAAAACGAAUAAAUCGUGACUGAACGAUGAACACCAGCGGCGUUGAGCAGCGUGAUGACUGUGCUAUCCACAAGGCGUCGCUCAUGUUGAAAUAUCGUGUAUUGAUGUUGCACUCCAUGUACUUCCCAGUUUUUAGCUAUAAAAUGUAAUAAUCUGGCGUUAAUCUGGAUUUUUUAAAGGCAGAAUAAUCACUUGGAAAAAUUUACAGAGCCUCGUGACUCAUUAGCCGUUUUGUUUAGCGAUAUAGGUAGAUUUACUACCUUAUGAGAUGAGAAAGUUCAUGUUCUCUUUCUUUCCCUCUAAUAAUCAUGAUUUUAUUCAUGAUUUAGUCACAAAAUAUUAUGUUUGUUUUUAAAAUUGGCAACAAUAAUUUAAAUCGAAGACCUUCUAAUACCCAUUAUCAAAAGCUCAGUCUUAAGGAAGAACAGGUGUGAUUAGUUGUGAUUAAUCACAAAAUUGUAUUGUAAAUCAAUAUUUUUUAGUCGAUUGACACUAACGUUAUACGUUUUAAGUUAUAAAAUACCUGAUCUUUAGUUAUUGAAAUGACUUGUGGUGAGGUUAUAAAAGCAGGGCACCACAAAGGGGCUCCAGAGGUGGAGCUGGGAAAACCGAUGUACAGGGUCCUUAAAACAGGUAGAUUAGGCUUAUUCCUCAAGGUGAUGCCACAAUCCGACUGCUAACAAUAUGGUAAAAAAUUUCCGGAUACAAAAUGCAUGUUCUGAAACUCGUUCUAGUCAAGGCUAGCUUAUGUGUUUGGACUUCGAAGAGACCAAAGGAAGAUAUAAAAGUGGGCUUCUUGGAUCAAGAUUGCAAAAACCUUGGAUCAACAGCUGUAACUACCCUGCUUUUUUCAAUAUUUUGUUUAUGGUUUUUGCUGAUUAAUAUAGCUAAAUUCCAUCAUUUGCAACCUAUGUUUCUAUUUCCACGUCUGAGAACAUUUCCUGUUAUUGUAGCUAGCUUUCUCAUUAAUGUGUAGUAUUUUACUUCUUGGUUAAAGAAUAUGUAGUACCACAGUGUUUUGUUUCUAGGCCCUCUUGGGUUACAAAUGCUCCUUGUAAUAGUAUGGUUCUGUCAUGGUGAUAGACCUGAAGUCUAAUGGAUACCUGAAUUUUAGCUUGUUCUACAUUCUGUCUUGCUCUCUAUUUCCAUUACUGUCUCAUUACCCUAACAGUGUUGAGUCUUAUUUUUGUUUUUGCCACUAUUCCCACACAUUUACACACACUGUUCAGUUCAGUUUGUAACACAUUGAACAUAAACAUAAAUGAAUGGACUGUAAGAUGGCUCCAAAGGCACCUCCUAGCAUCUCUUAAUGGACAUUUGGGAAAUGCUUUCUUUCCUCCUGUAAUUAAUAAAAAGGUGUUCUAUUCUGUCAGUGUUGGACUUUGGGGAUUAAAAAAAACAAGAUUUCAGAAUAUCUUUUGUUUUUCAAAACAUUUGUUGUAAAGUACUUGUUCUAUUCUUGUCUGAAUUUUAAUGCUUUCUUAAUGCUGUGACCUCUUCUUUGCUAUUCUGUUAAUGGUUGAGCGUUUCUUUUUCUUACAAUAAAUUACAUUGUUUUUAAAGUCUCAAGCCUUGUGUCCUUUCUUAGUGGUUUGAUUUUUGUUGCCUGUUGGUUUUGACAAACAUGUUUGCCCCCCCACCCAAGCUCUCUUUGUCCCUGUCUUUCUCUACCUGUUACUUUGCUUUCUGCACGUAUCUCUCUUCCAUUCUCUAUUUGUUGUGGACCUGUCUGAUCUUUAUCAGGUUAGGAGAAGGCUGUGCAGUCGGCUCUGUAACUUUUGUAAAACGCUGGAAAGUUUUAAGAACAAAAAAGAGUGCAGUGGGGGUGGUAUCAGUGAGCUUUGAGGAGGAUGAAGAGGGCAAUCUGUGUCUCAUCGCCUAUCCACUACACAGUGAGCUCGGGGAUCUGGAAAACGUGGACCCAUUGGCUGACCUUGAACCCAAAAACAAGAUUAAGUGGUCCAAUAAAGUGCUGCUGGACAAUGAAGGCUAUAGCAAGGACCGAACAAGACACACACGCAAGGACAAAGACAAGGGUCUAAAGCGUGAGGAGGAGCUGGAGUGGAUCCAGCAGGCUGAAGUGCUUUACUACAGCCUGGAAAGGAGCAAUGCAGCUGGACCACAGUUUAAGCACAACCCGUGGAGUCUCAAGUGCCACCAGCAGCACCUACAGAGAAUGAAGGAGAACGCCAAGCACCGCAACCAGUACAAGUUUAUCCUGUUGGAGAACCUGACAUGGCGUCACAGGGUUCCAUGUGUGCUAGAUUUGAAGAUGGGCACACGGCAGCAUGGGGAUGAUGCCUCAGAAGAGAAAAAAGCGGUUCAAAUUCGCAAGUGCCAGCAGAGCACGUCGGCCAGCAUUGGAGUUCGUCUCUGUGGGAUGCAGGUCUAUCAGUCAGACUCCGGACAGCUCAUGUUUAUGAACAAGUACCAUGGCCGUAAACUGACCCUGUCUGGAUUUAAGGAAGCACUGUUCCAGUUCUUCCACGACGGACGAAGGCUAAGGCAUGAACUCCUGUCGCCGGUUUUGCGGAGGCUGCGUGAAAUGCAAGCGGCUCUGGAGGCAUGCGAGAGCUAUCGCUUCUACUCCAGCUCCCUCCUCAUUAUCUACGAUGGAGAUCCUCCUCGUUCCCGUCGCUCUCCUGAAGAAGGACUCUCAGAUGAAGAGGAAGUAGAGGACGAUGAUGAGGAAGAGGAGGAGGAAGAAGAAGAGGAGGAGGAGGAAGAGGAGGCAGGCGCAUUUGGGUUUCCUCACAGCACCGGAGGUGCUGGAGGCGGUUGCAGUACUACCAGUAGCAGCAGCAGCGGCAUUAGCAGUAGUUCAGGAAGCAGCAGUAAUUCUGCCGUGAGUUGCCGGGGCACCAGGCUGGACUCUGGACCCUCAGUGGAUGUGCGCAUGAUUGACUUUGCCCAUACCACAUGCCGACACUACAGGGAGGACAGCGUGGUGCAUGAGGGCCAGGACAGUGGUUACAUCUUUGGCCUACAGAACUUAAUCACUAUAAUUUCACAGCUAGAGGACCACAGCACAGAUUAAACUGCCACAAACUCUCUCCAAUGUCAGUCUCUUUUGUUACUUUCUGUUCUGCCCCCCCCCCCCCUUCUUUCUUUCAGUUCCUUUCAGCCUACUCGAUGAGUAAUUGAUGUGGCUGUGAACUGUGCAGGUCCAUUUGUGUCUUUAGUUGGUGUUUUUGUUUUUGUGUGCACAGAGGAUUAAAAAGGGUUGAGGAACGCUAACAUUUGAGGAUGUUUUUUUUUUCCUCAAUGACUAUUAGCCUUCCUCACAUUAUCCUUCUCUACUGUUAUAAGUUUUGUGUAACUGCACUUUCUUAGUUAAUGGAUUUACAAGCAAAAACAAAAUAUGUGGAAAAUGUCAAACUGAUUCCAGUCCCAACCCCAUUCCAAAAGAAGGGUCUACUAGAGCUACAGCUUGCACUCAUAUUGUUCACGUUUUUGAUGGACCACAAAAUAAGUCGAAGGAACGACUUUAAGAUUGCUAAGCGUCCUUCAGAAAUUACCACCCUUGGGCCUUUUUUUGUUGUCCACAAAUUCUAUGUAGUUGGGUUGUAGAGAAGACAUACAGAGACUCUAAUAGAGCUUUAUUUAUUUGACAUACUGUAUUUCUUAAAUAAACUAAAAAAAAUUAAAAACAUGAAAUGAAACACUGAAAAAUGACAUUCCAUGUUAAUGUUAUAAUAAUGAUAUUAAUAAAUAUUAUUUGACAUGAUACCUCUUAGAUAUGUUAUCAAGAGUAUGUUGGAGGUCAAAUAAAACUUCUUUUUGUUAAAUGCUGAA